AUGCAAGCAUCGAAUGCUGAACUACACAUACUAUCAUUUUCAUUUUUUCUUGAUUCAUUAAAAAAACAUAACAUUAAGAAAAAUAUAUCUCAAAACUUACCCGAAGUCAAAGUAUCGAACCCUUACAAACAAGUAGAAAAAGAAAGAAUUCUUGGUAAAGGCGGUUUCGGUGUUGUUCAUCAGGGUAAACAUAAAUCUAAUAAAUUUGCUAUCAAACAAGUUGAAUGCGAUCAUAACGAUCAUACCAUUUGGUUAGAUGAGCCAAUUCUCCCAAAUUCAUUAAUUUAUCAACAUAUUCAAACUGACAUAGGUGGACGUGAACAAUUAUUUCAUGAAUUAUCUGAUCAACGAGCCUACGCACCGAUAUUAUAUAAUGUGUAUGGUACCUGUCCAUCAUCAUCACUACAACUUUCUGGUAAUAAACAUAUGAUCAGUUAUGUUAUGGAUUAUGUUGAGGGCAAAGAUCUGCAACAAUUGAACGUUGAAUGGGAAAAGAAAUAUCAAAAGACAGAUUAUUAUUGUCAGUUAUGUCACAUCAUGAAUAAGAUUGUCUUCAUGUUCUAUGAUUUUAAUUAUGCAUUAAAAAUUUCACAUAACGACAUUAAACCAGCCAACAUUAUGGUAAAUACUGAAAAUAAUGUAUAUCUAAUUGAUUUUGGUAGUUCAUCUCUAUUUGAUUUUGAUCAAUAUUUGUAUGGAGGUUCGAGUAAAGCAUAUACACCUUCUUUCGUGCCACCUGAAUGGUUAGCCAAGAGACCUAUUCAACCAAAGUAUAAUGAGAAACCGUUCAAUAAAAAGUUCACAGAUACAUUCGCUCAAGGUUCGGCAAAACCUGAUUAUACAAUAUAUGCGAUUGGUAUAUCCUAUCUGUCUUUGAUUUCCAGUAAUGAAAUAUUUAUUAAUGUCAUGAAUAAUUAUUUGAUUCAUGCUCGUGCUGAUGCUGGAAUUCAAGAAGUAACAGAUUUUAGUUUUGAUUUGUUUGACACAUGGCAAUUAGCCACAAGACAAGGACGAAUGUUAGAUUUUCUGUAUCAAUGUCUGAGGGUAAAAAGUGAGCAACGAAUAAUGUUACAUGAUAUUCAUGCAGUAUUUCAUCAAUGUUGCUUAUUAACACAAAUGGAGGACAAGUAAGAAAACGAGUCGCUUCAAGAAAAUUAUAAAUUUUUUUAGAGAAAAUGUCCUGUUCGAUAUCAUUAGAUCCCAUUUAUUUAGACAUUAUAAUUCAUCUUAUAGUUCUUGUGCUGUGAAAAAAUUGUGAGAACGAGAAGAAAAUUUCUUUAUUUCAUAAAUAGUCCUUGAAUAGGUCUGAUGUUUCCCCAAUAGAAACAUUUGACAAUAAUCUCUGGAGCAUUUGUUUCUAAUAAUAUUUUCACUAUUGUUAAGGGUAUUCUAAAAUUUUCCGAUGAAUUUUCGUGGAGAUAUACUCAUCGCUGUAAAUGCCCUGGAAAACAGAGCCCUGUGUACAAUAUAAUGUGUUUUUCCCACUAUGCGCUUUUUCGAUAGUCCCUUCAAGCGGGCCGUAUUACGACCCCUCGAAAAAACGGUCCCGAUCGAGCUGACAAUCUAACCGUACACACAUAAGACAGUAAUUUAAUAACUCUUUCUAUCAUUUUAAAACCUUAAACAAAGAUGUCCGGGAUUUUUUCGAUGUCCAUUUAAAUCGAAUAUCUUUAACCAUGCAUUUUUCAGUAUCGAUUAACCAUGCAUACCUAAAUAUGCUAAGCAGUUUUCAGUAUUAACUUUAUGUGAUUGUCUGAUCUGGUUAUUUCUGUACGUUAUUUCUACAAUUUUUGUAUUAAGAUUAUCUGAUUAUUUAAUCUUCUCGUAUUUUGUGGAAAAAAUAGAGUGAAAAUAUGGACUGUUGAUAUUCCAUAAAAAGAAAUCUGUUAGAUAUUGAGAUUGUCAUCGUCUCUCAUGUAAAGAAGAAUAAAAUGUAUAACUUCUUAGUUAUUACUUAAGGUCCGCCCCCUCCCCCCACAGGUUUCUCGAAUAAUGAUCUUUUUGUGGAUGCUUAAGGGCCCCCCUGCCUUCUAAAAUUUUUUUUUCCCAGAACACUCAAUCUUACUGAAAUUUUUAUUGAAUAUGUAUCUGAUCAUUGAUAGUUCUCAGUAAAAAUUUGAGCUCAUAAUAUUGAGUUUUUCGCGAGUUAUUGUAACAUCAAGGGUCAAAAAGUAGGU